AUGGCUUCUUCAUUAGAAACGAAAAAUGAUGAAGCCAAGAACCUUAAACAAGAAGAAGGACAUACACAAGAAGAAGAUGGCAUCCUUUUUGCCAUGAACAUGAUGAAUUCCGUCGUGGUUCCUCUGGCGAUUCGGUCCGCAAUUGAGAUGGGUAUCUUCGACAUCCUAGCCAAAGCAGGUGAAGGUGUGAAGCUCUCUGCAGAGGACAUUGCAGUUCAAAUUGGUGCAAAGAACCCAGAAGCAACCAAAAUGUUGGAUCGUCUUCUGAGGUUGUUGGCUAGUCAUCACUCCAUUCUAUAUUGCUCACUUGGUGGAGAAGCACACACAAUGCUCUAUUGUCUCUCCCCUUUGUCCAAGUAUUUUGUGACUGAUAAUGAUGGUGUGUCACUCGGAGCCAUCUUGAACUUAAAUCUGGACAAGAUCCAGAUGGAAAGCUGGACAGACUUGAAAGGAGCUAUAAUGGAAGGUGGUGUACCAUUCAACAGGGUUUAUGGCAUGCAUUUAUUUGAGUAUCUGAGUCUGGAUCCCAGGUACAAUGAUGUUUUCAACAAAGCUAUGUUUAGCGUAACCGCUAUGGUCAUGAAGAGGAUUCUUGAGUGCUACGAUGGUUUUGAGCACGUAAAUACACUGGUCGAUGUUGGUGGUGGUCUUGGGAUCAAUCUCAAACUCAUUACUUCCAAAUAUCCUCAUAUCCACGGUGUUAAUUUUGACUUGCCUCACGUGUUACAGCAUGCCCCUAUCUAUGCCGGGGUGAAACACGAGGGAGGUGAUAUGUUUGAGAGUGUUCCUAAUGGAGAUGCCAUUGUCAUGAAGUGGAUACUUCAUGACUGGACUGAUGAACAAUGCUUGAAGUUGUUGAAGAAUUGUCAUAAGGCUAUUCCCAAUGAUGGAAAAGUAAUUGUUGUGGACCAUGUUCUUCCAGCUUUGCCUGAGAAUACAGCUAAUGCCAAGCUUGGUUUCAAAUUUGACCUUAUCAUGAUGAAUCAAACCCCAGGAGGGAGAGAACGAACCCGACAAGAAUUCAUGGAAUUGGCAUUAGGAUCUGGAUUUACUUGCAUCAGAUUCGCCUGCUUUGUCGCUGGCUUCUAUGUUAUGGAGUUCUUCAAGUAGACAUAACUAUUUUGUGUUGGCUCAAUCGUUUUUGUAUCAGUGCAUUUUAAUUAGGCAAAAGUAUUUCUACGUCGU